GAGUCGUUUGCGAUUUUCUCGUUUGUGCAUUUCAUGGUUGCUCACUCGGGAGUUUGAUUUGUCUCAACGUAUUUUGUCUAUUACUGCAUAUCGCUACGUAGUUUUUGAGGAUGGAGAAGAUUGCCCUACCAUUAUGCAUUUUAUGGGUGAUGGCUUCAAAGGGAAUAGCAGCAUUGCCACCGCCCGUGAGUGCACUCGAAGGCGAGAACGGUACGUGCCAAUGCACGGUCAUUUUGCCUGACACCACAUUCCCAGCCGACAGAGUCGAGUCCCUGCAGCUGACAUCGGAGAGGUUGACUGUGCGCGUGGAACAACAGAUCCAGAAGCUGCACUAUCUGGAAGUGACCGUUUCAGCGUACGGAGCGAAAAUCGUCAACUUGACUCAGAAGCUCGACCGGCUGGUGCUGGGCGACAUCUCCAUCACGGAGCUCGACUUUGAAAUGCUGCGAGCGGAGAUCAAGGAGAUGGAGAUACUCAUCCUUGAGCUGAAGUCGACAAUCGUCGUUUCCAACCCCAUACUGGACGUUAUUCUCAUAGAGGUGGCCAAUAUGACGGUGAUGGUGAACGCGCUUGAAAGCCUCGACCAGAACAACGUCUUGGAGAUCCGACGGCAGGUCGCAGAGUUGAGAAGGCGUCUGCAGGCGUGCCAGUCCCAGUAUCACAACUCCACGGGUCCCGAGCCGUCAUACGGAAGCUGCGAGCAUGGCGAUCUCGUCGGCGUCGGCCAGCCACAGCUGCACCAGCUCAACUGGCGCGGUUUCCCCUACAAAUACGGCGCCUGGGGCAAAGACGGUGACCCUCCUGCCGGCAAAGAGGAGUCCUACUGGGUGGCACCGCUCAACACGGACGGUCGUCUCAUGGAGGUCCUGCGAAGCCACACAAACUACAACGACCUGCUGACAUUUCGCGCCGCUGUCGACAAAAACCUUUUCACAACCGACUCCCGGGGAAACAAGAUCUACACCAACACGCCACAGGGCGCGGGGAUGGUUGUGUACCGCAACCACCUCUACUUCAAUUGUUACAACACGCGGGACGUGUGCAAGGUGAACUUGGACACCAAUGCUGUGUCGCGUAAGCCCCUUGCCGAGGCCGUGUUCAACAACCGUUUCUCUUACUCCUCCAGCACCUGGCAAGACUUUGAUUUCGCCGUCGACGAGAAUGGGCUCUGGCUAAUCUUUUCCACCGAGGCCAGCGGUGGGAACGCGGUGUUGGGCAGGGUCAACGAAACCGACCUCUCGGUGGGAGAUAUCGUCAAGACGAAUUUGUACAAGCCAGGCGCGAGCAACGCGUUCAUGGCAUGCGGGAAGCUCUACGCUACUCGUACGGUCAGCACGAGCAAGGAAGAGGUGUUUUACGUGUUCGACACGAGCACGGGUCGCGAGACGGUGAUGGAAAAGCCGAUAGUGAUGGACAAAAUGGUGGAAGUCGUCCAAAGCUUGAGCUACAAUCCAAUCGACAACAAGCUGUACAUGUACAACGAUGGCUAUCUCGUCACCUACGAUUUGAUUUUCAAGCGGUAAUAGCUGCAAACCAGAAUACGUUCGUUCAAAUUAACGUGCGUUGAAUUUCCAAUCUUAACCUUUUCUUUCCCCCCCAUUGAAAUUUUAUUCUUGUAAUUUCUUUUUGUUACCAUAGAUCUUCUCAGGGGAAAUGUGCAUUGCAAUGGGCUCCGGCCUGGUUUGAUCAAUUAUCUCUCAAUAAAAUCGCACUGACCGACGGUACGAACGCGAUCUCGGGUGGAGGAAACUUGGCACGGGGUGAUCUCGUCACGUGCACGUCACACUCAACCGCGUAGUGCCACGGGGUGAUCUCGUCACGUCACACUGAAACGCGUAGUGCCACAGUUAUUGUCGUCUUGCGAUUGUAGUCGCACGAAGUCAUUGCCCCUCUCCCCAUUGUAUGGUGCAACCACCAUACGCGAUUGCAUAUUGAUCAGUCAUAAUCGUAUUGAUCUUGCGUAAUACACCGCCACUCCAAGUCUUGGAUCGGCAAGUCCAGUCCUCGGUCUUGAAGCCAGCUCAAGGACAUUCACAGCCAUCCUCCGUUGACCUUUGGCCUCACGCGUCGAGGGUGUAUCAGCAGGCAGUUCCUCGCGACGUUUCUAGAUUUUCAUAGAUUGCUUUUUUGAGUGGCUAAAAUCAAUUGGCUAUUUGAGUGAAUAAAAUCAUUUUCCGCAAAAUGUCUUGCAUCAGUUGUUCUCCAAUCCACGUUGUCCCUCGUUCUGUCUCUCAUUGUCAUUCCAAGCGUGCACCUCUCUCCACUCUUCUUUGUACACUUAUCAGUUUUUGUUCAAUCCAUUUUGCCAUUGCAGGAUAUGUGCACUUAUUUCACAACCUAUAUAUAACGUCUCAAUACAUUAUUUGAUAUUCUAACAUGUAAGGAAUUUCGAUUAAUAUAGAAACACCAAGGCAUGAAUUUCCCUUAAACUAAUUUACAAAUGUGUCCCCCCCCUUGAUAAAGCCAUUGGGAUUCCACGUUAGAAGCUCGAAUCCCAAAGUCACACGCGGACCAAUCAAGAAAUGCAAUGAAGAUGAUAAGAGACUUGGCUCUACAAUGAUUAACAUUAAAUUAAUCGGCUCACGAAUGAGGAAGUAAUUUAUACAUAUAAGGGACAUUUGUGAAUGUGUCUGUUUCAAAAUGUUUAGCAUACUUUCCGACAAGCAACAAACUUGAAAUUUGGCAUGUGGGUAGUUUCCAGACUGUACACAAUGCAAAAGUAUAAAAAAAAUGACUUUUGUAUUUUGGGGGGCGGAGCAAUAAUGGAUAUAUUUUGCACGGCAAGUGAGCGGUGACGUCACAUGUGAUGUCACCCGCAUGCAGCAGCGUCACGCAGUGUGCCUGCUGACGUCACCCCCCCCACCCUCCGCGUAGGCCGUGCAUUAAUCUAAAACAAGAACCCAAGUCUCGGGUGAAGCCGGGUAGUAAAGCUAGUUAAGUAUAAAAAAUAAUUAUAUGGAAGAAUUCUGAUGGGGUACAAAAAUACACAAUUAAAGAUAUUUUACUAGAUACGCAAGGAGUAACAAUGAAAUGCAUUCCUUCCCCUGGAUCUAAUUGCGUCUUACUAUUUAAUAUUGUGCUGCGCAUUAAUCUACAUUAAAAUCAUGAUAUACAUUACAGCUCUUUAUCAAUGUUUUUUGUUCGUGCCAUUGUGCCCUUGGCAUAUACAGUCAAUGAUAACAGCCACAGCAGUGUUGAUGCAGGCAAGUGAAGGGUAGGGCAAAACACAAGUUACUUAGCAGUAUGAAUGAACAACAGCAAGCGCCGAG